GAGCCCGAGCCGGAGCCGGAGCCGGGCGGGGCAGGCAGGGCAGCUCGCCUGGCUCCCACCAUGAGCGCUGAGCUCAGCGUGCCUGUGGACCCCUCCACCCCUGCCUGCUCUGAGCCUGGCCACAAGGGCAUGGAUUACCGCGACUGGGUCCGCCGCAGCUACCUGGAGCUGGUCACCUCCAACCACCACUCUGUGCAGGCCCUCUCCUGGAGGAAGCUUUAUCUGAGCAGGGCCAAGCUGAAGGCCUCCAGCCGGACCUCCGCCCUCCUCUCGGGCUUUGCCAUGGUGGCCAUGGUGGAGGUGCAGCUGGAGACGCAGUACCAGUACCCGCGGCCGCUGCUCAUCGCCUUCAGCGCUUGCACCACGGUGCUGGUGGCCGUGCACCUCUUCGCCCUGCUCAUCAGCACGUGCAUCCUGCCCAACGUGGAGGCCGUGAGCAACAUCCACAACCUCAACUCCAUCAGCGAGUCGCCGCACGAGCGCAUGCACCCCUACAUCGAGCUGGCCUGGGGCUUCUCCACCGUGCUGGGCAUCCUGCUCUUCCUGGCCGAGGUGGUGCUGCUCUGCUGGAUCAAGUUCCUGCCGGUGGACGCACGCCACCAGCCCGGCCACCCGGCAGGCCCCGGCGGCCACACGGGCUGGCAGGCCGCCCUUGUGUCCACCAUCAUCAUGGUGCCCGUGGGCCUCAUCUUCGUGGUCUUCACCAUCCACUUCUACCGCUCACUGGUGCGCCACAAAACUGAGCGGCACAACCGUGAGAUCGAGGAGCUACACAAGCUCAAGGUGCAGCUGGAUGGGCACGAGCGCAGCCUGCAGGUCGUGUGAGGUGCGGCCCCGAGGGCUGAGGCCACUGCGGCCGGCACAGAUCGCCUGCGUUUUGGAGCAUUUCAAAAAUGCAAAUUGCUAAAGAGGCUACCUACACGCUGCCAGAUAGGUCAGGACCAAAGUUUUACUCCUGUCUUAAUGCUGUAAAACCCAGAUCAUUUUCCCUUAGAAAACGGAAAUCUUGAACUAAAUGAGAGACUCUGUGUGGAGGAGCUUGGGGCAAAGAUAGGCUGAGCCCUUGGCCCUGGGAUUUCCUGCAGAGCUCCGAGCAGCAGCCGGCGGUCAGGGGCAAUCUCAGAGACGUGGACCAAGUGGCCAGCGGGUGCAGGGCGCCUGGUGGAAGCCCAGAGAGUCGGGGCAGGCUGUGAGUUCAGGGAAGGGGUUGCCCUGUGACACCCGAGGUGGCUUUCGUGGGGGCCGGGCAGCAUGUCUGAUGGCACCACCUUGCUGAGAUUAGACGGGGCACAGGAUUGCAGCUCGGCCUGGGCUUCCCUGCCCUGCCCUGGAGACAGUUGGGCAGCCCGGCUUGUGGGAGAAGACAGGAGCCCGGGCAGGUCAGUCUAGUAGGUGUGGUGAGUGCUCUGGCAGGCGUCAGACUUGUCAGACCCUGGGCAGACUUCCCAGGUGGAUGCCUGGGAGGGUCGGGGAGACAUGUCUGUGGGCAUCCCAUGUGAGAUGCCCACUUGAGGAGGCUGUUAACUGGUGGGUGCUCCGAGGCAAAGUGGGCUGAAAUUCCCUCUUCCCAGCCAGCCUGGAGCCCAGGCCACAUUGACCCAGCAAGGCUGCCAGAUUGGGGCAAGGGCCCACAGUCCAGAGGCUUCCAUCUCUUGGCCACAGAAUGUCCUCUGAGCCUGUCAGCUGCCCCCUCUGAGCGGCGGCCACAGAAGGCCAGGGGCACUUGUUCAGGCAGCAGGGCCUGCCCGUCCUCCUGCUGCCUGUGGUCCCAGGUGGUGGGAGGGGGCCACCUGGGGGACUUCCUAUCUAGACAAGGCCGUUGGCCUGGCCUGGUCUGUGGGUGGUGGCGCCAGGGGCUAGCCCCGGCCAAACACAGGUCCUGCUUAUAAUGACGUGGAGCAACCGCAGGGAAGGCAAGACCCCACAUAGUGUCCCCCUCCUGGGCCCCGCAGGCCUCGCAGCAAAACACGGGCCCAGCCCACAUUUGUCCACAGCCGUGCACAUGUGGGUUCUGGUGUUUUCACUAGAGCAUCUGGGAGACCCGAGCCCGGGCCCUUGGGCUGUGCACACUCCUGCUACGUACGGCCCAGCCCAUGUGUGAGCACACUGCACCCUGAGCUGCUCUCAAAAACCACCUUUACCGCAUUGGCCAGCAGCCGCCUGGUGAGAGAGGCCUUUGCUUUUGUUUUCAUAAGUAGUCAUUGGACUUCGUGCUCUGAUGGCCUUUCUGUCGAGAGCUUACUAUGUCUGUGGGGUCUGGGUUUCCUGUGCCAAGAAAUCCGACCUGGCCUGGCUGAGGUUUCUGGGAACGUGACACACUGUUGUACACAGAACCCUGACAUGUGACUGAAAUGCUGAGGGCCCCUGGGAGCUGUGCUGAGUAUCACCAGUGCAAGUCAUGACAUCUGUGGGGAGUCUGGACAUUGCAUACUGCGGGGCCAGAGGAGAGCCCUGGCGUCUGAAGGGCGUGGCCCUUGCAUUUUCUGCAGACGUCUGUUGUGACUUGCUUGCUCUCUAGCGCAUGCCUGUUCUUUCCCGGAGCUUAUUGAAAAGGCUUGUCUGGUUUUAAUAUCUGUUUGCUUUGCAAAGAAUGUCAGCAUCACUGCAAGAAAGCCACUUGGUGUCCUGGCACGGAUGGGAGUGGUUGGCUUCUCCCCACAGCUGGGAGGGGACAGCAGGCCCUCCCUCUGGCCUGAGCCUUUUGAGAGGGGCCAUGCUGGGCCCACUUCUGCUGGCCACUUUCCUGGGCCUUCUGGUGCCCCUGCCCUAGGUAUGUCAGAGCUACAGAGUGCCAAGCUUCCCAGACUUUGCAAAGCACGCCCUCAGGUCCAGCUGGGGGCCAGUUGUUACACCUGGUCCAUGGGCAGAGCUUUUAGCCUGGCCUGGCAGCAGCGGGGUCAGAUACUCAGUGCCCAGUGACAGUGCCACAUGGGUAGGAAAGAUGGCACAUAAGCCAUUUUUAACACUGAUUAGGAGAAUAAUGUUCUUGUGGUUUCUUGUUCUCUUUGAUCCAGAGGGCUCUCCCAGCUCCAGCCUUCCCAGUUCCCAGAGGC